AUGCCAUACAGCACUGCUACCGAUCCCAAGAAGACCCCAGAUCCAGAAGGGUUUGCGCACAAAGGAUGGGGUCCAUGGCAGCAAGGAAACCCAGCUAGGCCUACCCCUGGCCGACCUAACAACCCAUGGGGUCGCCCUCCUCCCACGUCAUCGCAACAGGGCAAUGACCCUUCGGAUCCUCCAUCUGUGAUAUCGACACCGGCGGCACAACAAGGAAACCAACAAGGAGGAUCAGGUUGGGGCCCAUGGCCACGUCCAGACGCUGGCACUACGACCACACUGACCACCAGCACAUUGACCACCAGCACAAGUACGACCACGACCACAACCAUCAUCGACGGUCCAGAGGAAACCUCAGGCUUCUAUAUCGAAGUAACCUAUUCAGGUCUCAAGCGAAGAUACAUGAAGCGUGGCGACACUUCCUAUGUUGGAUUUCUGGACGGUAGCGAUGAUGCAUCCGUGGUGACCGAGAAUCCAUACAAGUUUUUCUUCGACCGCCAAGGUUAUUUGAGGACUGGUAGACAAUACAUUGCCGCAGAUGCUUCAAGUGGCUACUUUGUGUUCGAGAAGACCUCUAGCAAGCCAGCGAGUGUACCAAAGUACAAGCUCACUGCUGAUGGCACGUUCACUCACGAGAGUGGAGGGUUUUGUGCGACCACCUCGAACUUCUUCGUUACCUUCGGCAGCGCUCCAGGCAAUUGCAGACCAGUGACCUGCAGAUCUAGAAAAGAUCUAGGACCAGUGGUUACUACUACAACCUCAAGCAUUACCAUCACCAGCACUUCUACUAGUAGUACCUCUUCUAUCACAUCCUCGACUACAAGUCCUCCCACGACAACUACUACAACCACAACCACAAGCACGGAUACUAUCACCACGACUACCACCACAGCCGACCCGUCUGCGGACCUGGAUUACCCAGACCCAACUCCAAAACCCGGUUCAGGACGUGGCUUCAGGUUCGAACGAUCUGCUGAUUGUGAUGAGGAUUCUCAGUGUGAUGACAACUGA